UAGAAUUCGCACCUUACAUAAAAAAUAAAAUUAACUUGUUAUUGGCAGUAAUAAUACCAUGUCGAAGUCGAUGGUUGUCACUGUUAUUCUUCUUGCUAUCUUUCUACUGUGUUCUCCAUCAUCGGUAGCCAUAUUACUGAACAAGCUUCAGCUGCCACCACCAGUGAUAGGACCUGAGGCACUUGCAUUUGAUAGAAACGGUGGAGGACCUUAUGUUACUUCUUCUGAUGGAAGAAUUUUUAAAUAUGUUGGUCCAAGUGAAGGUUUCAAGGAAUAUGCUUACACUUCUCCCAAUAGGAACAGGACAAUCUGUGAUGGAUUUUCCGACUUCUCAAAUAUCCAAGCAAUAUGUGGAAGGCCAUUAGGAUUGGGUUUCAAUCAUCAAACAGGAGAUUUGUAUGCAGCCGAUGGUUAUUACGGGCUUGUAAAGGUUGGCCCCAAUGGAGGGAAAGCAACCCAAUUAGUUGGACCUGCACAAUCUAACUCUACUGUGUUUGCUAAUGGUUUGGAUGUAGACUCAAACACUGGAAUCGUUUAUUUUACCAUAGCUAGCACUAAAUUCCAGCCCAAAGAUUUCCCGACAGCGCUGCUAACCGGUGGCAUUGGAGAUAAUUCAGGAAGCCUAUUGAGUUAUGAUCCAAGCAACAACCAGACAACAGUGUUUCUGAGAAAUCUUACAUUUGCAUCUGGGGUGGCAGUAAGCGGAGAUGGCUCAUUUGUACUUGUUAGUGAAUAUUUUGCAAACAGAAUUCGGAGAGUGUGGUUGAAAGGACCAAAAGCAAAUUCGUCAGAUUUAUUCAUGUUACUUGCUGGAAGACCAGAUAACAUAAAGAGGAAUUCAAGAGGCCAAUUUUGGAUUGCAGUUAAUACUGUUACUUUGUCUUCGGGCGUUAGAGUGACCGAGAAUGGUAUAGUUUUACAGAUUGUGUCUCUUGUUGAGGAGUAUGGUCUUGAAGCGGCUAGUGAGGUUCAAGAGUACAAUGGAACACUCUAUGGUGGCUCCCUGCUUGCUUCUUAUGCAAUCAUUUUUACUCCCUAGAGUUUUUUACUUGUUGCCAUCUUUGUAUGGCUAUAAAAUAAAAUUACCUAAGGACUAAAUAAAGAAAAUUACCUAAGGACAAAAUAAAGAAAAUUACCUAAGGACUAA